AAAAAAAAAAACCAAAAAAACCGAAAAGGCGAAUUCUCCUGCCUGAGCUCGCCUCCGGAGGGACCGAACGGAGAUUUGCAUCCCUUCUCCUUCCACCGGCCGGCGGGGAGAGGCGCGGGAGUUGCGGGGUCAGCAUGGGCGGAGUGGCUGCGAGGAGCAGCUGCCCCCUGCGCCUGAAGCGGCGGCUGCUGUUGCUGCUGGGGCUCUGCAGCUGGACGGCCGCUCUGCGAGGAAAUGAUAACAGUGAAGCGCUUCCAGAGUCUAUCCCAUCUGCUCCUGGAACACUGCCUCAUUUUAUGGAGGAACCAGAUGAUGCGUACAUUAUAAAAAGCAACCCAAUUGUCUUACGCUGUAAAGCUAUGCCAGCUAUGCAGAUUUUCUUCAAGUGCAAUGGUGAAUGGGUCCAUCAAAAUGAGCACGUGUCUGAGGAAAGCAUGGAUGAGACUACAGGAUUGAAAGUUCGAGAGGUGUUCAUCAAUGUGACGAGACAGCAGGUGGAAGAUUUUCAUGGGCCAGAAGAUUACUGGUGCCAAUGUGUUGCAUGGAGCCAUCUAGGGACCUCAAAGAGUAGGAAGGCAUCUGUCCGCAUAGCUUAUUUACGGAAAAACUUUGAGCAAGACCCACAAGGGAAGGAGGUUCCUAUCGAAGGGAUGAUCGUUCUCCACUGUCGCCCACCUGAGGGAGUCCCUGCAGCUGAGGUGGAAUGGCUAAAGAACGAGGAGCCCAUAGAUUCCAACCUGGAUGAGAAUAUUGACACCAGAGCAGACCACAACCUCAUCAUUCGACAGGCACGUCUUUCUGACUCUGGGAACUAUACCUGCAUGGCUGCCAACAUUGUUGCCAAGAGAAGGAGCAUGUCCGCGACAGUUGUGGUGUAUGUUAAUGGAGGCUGGUCAUCAUGGACUGAGUGGUCAAACUGCAAUGCACGGUGUGGUCGGGGCUGGCAGAAGCGAUCACGGACCUGUACCAACCCUGCUCCACUCAAUGGAGGUGCAUUUUGUGAAGGGAUGUCAGUGCAGAAAAUUACCUGCACUUCUCUUUGCCCUGUGGAUGGAAACUGGGAGGUGUGGAGUGAGUGGUCUGUGUGCAGUCCGGAAUGCGAGCAUUUGAGAGUUCGGGAAUGUAUUGCGCCACCUCCAAGAAACGGAGGAAAGUACUGCGAGGGCUUGAGUCAAGAGUCGGAGAAUUGCACUGAAGGGCUUUGCAUUCAAGAUAAAAACCCUCUUCAUGAAAUAAAAUCCCAAAAUAUUGAGACUGCCAGUGACAUUGCCUUGUACUCCGGCCUGGGAGCAGCAGUCAUUGCUGUAGCUGUGCUGGUGGUUGCCGUUACCCUUUACAGACGGAGUCAGAGUGAGUACGGCGUGGAUGUGAUUGAUUCAUCUGCACUGACGGGCGGCUUCCAGACAUUUAAUUUUAAAACAGUCAGACAAGGUAACUCCCUGCUUUUGAACUCAUCCAUGCAGCCUGACUUGACAGUGAGCAGAACGUACAGUGGACCAAUCUGCCUGCAGGACCCCAUGGACAAGGAGCUAAUGACAGAGUCUUCACUGUUCAACCCGCUGUCAGACAUCAAAGUCAAAGUUCAGAGUUCAUUCAUGGUGUCCCUAGGGGUGACGGAAAGGGCUGAGUAUCAUGGAAAGGCACAUUCUGGAACUUUUCCUCAUGGGAAUAAUAGAGCUUUUGGUACAAUACAGGCUAGAAACAAGGCUACGUAUAUUCAGAACCUGUCUUCUAUUUCAACAACAAGUGAGCUGAAGACAACUGCCAUUUUUGGACACCUAGGUGGCCGUUUAGUGGUUCCAAACACAGGAGUCAGUUUGUUGAUACCACAUGGAGCUAUUCCUGAAGAGAGUUCGUGGGAAAUCUAUGUUGCCAUCACUCAGAAGGAGUCCAGCCUACAGCCAGAAGGCACAGAUGUUCUUCUAGGACCAGAAGUAACUUGUGGGCCCUCAGACUUGUCUGUCAGCACCCCAUUUGCCUUGACGAUACCACACUGCGCAGAAGUAAAUUCGGAGCACUGGAAUAUUCACUUGAAAAAAAGGACACAGCAAGGAAAAUGGGAGGAAGUGAUGUCUGUGGAAGAGGAAACUACUUCUUGCUACUGCCUGUUGGAUCCUUAUGCCUGUCACAUUCUCUUAAACAGCUUUGGAACUUAUGCUCUUAUUGGAGAACCGAUCUCUGACUGUGCCGUUCGACAGCUGAAAGUAGCGGUUUUUGGCUGCCUGUCUUGCAAUUCUCUGGAUUACAAUCUGAGAGUAUAUUGUAUGGAUAACACACCUUGUGCAUUUCAGGAAGUGGUUUCGGAUGAAAGACUCCAAGGAGGACAAUUACUGGAGGAACCCAAGCUUUUGCACUUCAAAGGGAAUACCUUCAGCCUUCAGAUAUCUGUCCUUGAUAUCCCUCCUUUCCUUUGGAGAAUUAAACCAUUUACUGCAUGUCAGGAAGUCCCAUUCUCUCGUGUGUGGUGCAGCAGCCAGAAGCCACUGCACUGUGCCUUUUCACUGGAGCGCUACACACCUGCAACUACACAGCUGUCCUGCAAGAUCUGCGUCCGACAAGUCAAGGGUCAUGAGCAAAUCCUACAGAUCCAGACAUCCAUUCUAGAGAAUGAAAGAGAAACCAUCACUUUCUUUGCACAUGAUGACAGCAACUUCCCUGCACAGAUGGGUCCAAAAGCAUUCAAAAUCCCCUACUCCAUUAGACAACGAAUCUGUGCAACGUUUGACACACCCAACGCCAAAGGCAAAGACUGGCAGAUGUUAGCACAAAAAAACAGCAUUAACAGGAAUCUCUCCUAUUUUGCUACACAAAGCAGUCCAUCUGCUGUCAUUCUGGACCUCUGGGAAGCCCGACAUCAACAUGAUGGCGAUCUUGACUCCCUAGCCUGUGCCCUGGAAGAAAUAGGAAGGACGCACUCCAAAAUCUCAGACAUAACAGAAACUGAGAUUGAGGAGCCUGACUUCAACUACAGCAGACAAAAUGGACUUUAGUCACUUUUUUCCAUUCAAGAACUGAUGGCCAGCUUUGACUAUUACACUAGAGAUUCUCUUUGGCAGGGAGGAAAUAAGGGUUUCUGCACAGUGUGUAUGGAAACAGACACUCAUUUCCACAAUGCAGUUUUCAGUUGGAGGAGCAGAAGAAGCCCUACUAAAAAUCAUCUCAGUAAUAAGGAAAACACAAGCUUCUCCCUGUCCUCUCUCAUUUAAAAUUCAUGUUUUAAUGUCAGAAACCAAACUACACGUCUAUCAUUCCUGGGGCAGGAAAGAGUGAGAUACAGAACCAUAAAAGGUAAAUAUUAUGACAUAAUGUAUUUAGGAAACAGUAAUGCUAAUAUAAUGCCUAGUGAAAAUCAGCAAAUAUGAUAUUGAGUAUUUAGAGCCGCCAGAGGUUAAUCCUAGUUUAAAGGUUUGUCUUCUUGGGGCCGUGACUCCCUUUUGUCCUGCAUCUCUAACUUACCACACUUAAAGAGUGGGUUUAAAAUGUCAUUUGAUAUCAUGUUGUCACUUUGUAUCUGCUACAGAAAAAAAGAAAAUCUGGCCUUAUCCUGUUCAGAUGUUUGAGGAAUUAGAAGAUCUCAUAACUAUUUAAUUGAUAUUAUGUGCAUUCCAAACAAUUUCUUUUAAAAAUUCAAUCACUUAAUGAAUGUACAUUUGCUGCAGAGCUUUCCUGCCUAUUCUGUUAACAGAAUAACAGAACAAAACCCUUCUCUGUGAAAUUAGAGUGUGCACGUGUGAGAGAGAAAUUUUCUAAAGUUCUUGGUCUGCAAACUUGGUCAAAAAAAUGUUUCUUUGGGGGUGGAUAUAGCCACCAAAUAAAAUGCAGGAAAUUGCCAGCCCUAUUUUAGCAAGUUUACACAUUUUUUUUAUUGCUUCAUGUUCUGGGGCUGAACUAAAAAGUAAAGGUGAAGUCAAAUCGGCAAAGCUUAACUUUGGUUUAGUUCCAGACCGAAACCAGAAACCCCACAUGAUACUGCCAAAAAUUGGUUUGAUUUCAUUGUACAAUCUGGAAAUUUCACAGGAUAUAAAGCUGGCUGUGUUACAUUUGGUUUAGUUACAAACAUAUUGCAUUUACCACCAAAACCAGAAUCUAACUAGAGAAUUCUCCUCAUUUUUUAUCCAUUUUGUACAAAAUAAUUUAUUACUUCAACUGAACCAAAAAGAGAGCUGUCACUGUGAGCGUGUCCUAGUGGAACUGGUACUGAGCCAAAUUUAACCAUUAUUUUUACUCAUAUAUUCUUUAAAAUUAGCCAAGGUGCUCAUUAGCUCUGGCCCUAGGCUAUCAGUUUUGGUGAUAGGAAUACAAUCAGUAUAAAGCAGGAACAUAAACAAGACUUUAGGAGCUUUAUGGAAAUGCAAGAAAUUGAAAACAAGCAUUCUGGGGGUAUUUUACCCCCGUAUUUGGCUGAGAGCAGCAUGAUAGGCCACAGGGUAGGUACUUAGUGUGCAAAUCUGUAAUAAUCUGAAACUAUUUCUUUACCCAGGAUUCCAGUUCUGAAAAGUAUGAUGAACAACUCUUGACGUAAGACUUUGCUUGUUCUCGCUCAUCUGAAAUUGCAAAUUUCAUUGCUUUCCCAGCUCAGCGGGCUGGAAUAGUCUUAGACUUCUAAAUACUUAGACUUCCCCAAACAUUUUCUGCACUUCAGUAUUUCAUGCAGCCUGCCAUGAGAGUUCCUGUUUGCAAUGGAAAAUCAUAAUGGCUGCAAGCAUAUUUAAGACUGAGACAAAAAUACCAGCUGAUUUGGCAGCAAGCUGCCACUGUUUUCAGCAGCACAUGGUUCUAUCUGUGUUUGAAUUAUAUUUCUAGCGACUUCCAGUCCUCCUCCUCGGAAACCUGUUCUUCAUUGGACAAAAUAUCAUGAAUUAAAGAAAAAAAACCAGGGAAUGGCAUCCACAGAAAAGCAGUGGAGUUUUAGUGAGCUGUCGUUGUCUGGGAAACCAGCUACAGUCACUUUCCAGCAGUUAAUUUGUUCUCAGCUUCUCCUCAGAUGCAGUUUUAAUUUUCAAACUAGCUUAGGUUAGCUACCACAACAGAGACCUAAGUACUACCCUGCAGGUGCUGUAAUAUAUUCAUGUCACUCCGAAGAGCUGUAUGUGUUUUCUCUUCUUGUAUUCCAAAUAUAUGUGAGCUACACACAGCAUAUGAGGUCAAAAGAGCUGCUGUAUGGACCUCAGACCUUAAAGCUUUUUCUCAGGAAAUGCACAGUGUUUACUUUCAAGACUUGGGUAGCUUUGAAAAAAACCUCUAUGUACAGCAACACCCAACUCUGCCUACUGAAUGCUCGGUAAAGCCUAGAGAGAGAGAGAAACCAGAAGCUGUCUAGAGUGACUUCCUCCAAAGUACAUCUAAAAGGGCCUUCAGAGUGAAGGGAUCUGGGUUGUACACCAAAAUCCAAUGAAGUCUAGUGUCUGAGUUAGUUAACGUACUGAAAAGGAAUAAAUGUCAAAGUUUCUUACAGUGCCAGAAAAGAAACCGUUCGGUUUUGGGCCCAAGGUAAGGUUUUAAUUUUGCAGUGCUCAAGAGAGUAUUGUUGUUUCCCUUUAGGUUUUGUUUCCUGGUUUUUCUUCACUUUUGCUAAAGCAGCUUCUUUGUUACUCAUCUUUCUUUAGUGAAUCUGAAUCAAGAACUCUGACUUUUUGUAACCUAUUAUUGUUUUGAUGCUCUUGUAUUAUUAAGUGGACUAGAAAUGCCACAAUACUACUUAUUUACCUUUCUCGCACUGUAAUGGGGUUUGAAACAGUAACCAAACCACUAGCCUACAUUUCUCAUGUGAGCUUAUCCAGCUGCACACCUGAGUCUUGUAAGAACUGCCAUACUAUGUCAGGUGAAAAUCCAUUCAGUCUUGUGUGCUAUCUCUAAUAGUGACCAGGAUUGAAAGUUUAGGGAAACAGCGUAAGAAACAUGCCCUGUACUAAAGGACUUCCUCAGCAGGGGGAUUGCAUUUGGACCACUGUGUCUAAGAAUCACUGAUACUGUCCUUCAACAAACUGACUCAUCCCUUUUGAACCCACUGAAACACUUGGCCUUCAUGAACAAUAUCCAGGAGAAACAACUAUCACAAUCUUUUGCCCUUUUUUUUUUUUUUUUUCCCUAAACAGCCCUUCCUUUCCAAGCUUUCCUUUCAUGUAACACAUGCUGCCUAACAAUUGCACUGGGUUCCCCUAGUUCUGUGCAGUAAGGAAUACUGAGUAACUGUUACCAAAUCACCUUAUCCAUAUAUUAUACAUUCUUUUACAGGCUUCUCUCACAUUUAAUUUCCACUCACUCUCUUGUCUAGGCUGAAAAACCUUGGUUUAUUCUACUUUGAACAUCCUUGCUGUUAUUCUCUGUAUCACCUCUAGUUCUGUAUCUUUUUGGAGAUGGAGCGACCAAUAACCUGCUUUUCAACAGGAACACAGGCUAAAUCAUGUAAUUCCUCCAUUUCCUCAGUUUCUUGCUAUUCCCACAUUCAGUAUCAAUCCCAGAGGAUUAAGAUCUUGCUAUAGCAUAAAGCCACAAGAAACGCCUGCAAGAGACUGCAGGAUGCCCGAGAAUACAGUAACUGACUUUACUAUGCAAAUUACUCAGGCUAGUACAUCCUGAACAUCCAGCAAAUAAAACCUGUGAGGAAAAAACGCGUAGCUGAAAAAGAAGACUGAGGUGACAGAGAUGAUGUCAAAAUCAUUAAAAAAAAAAAAAAAAAAAAAAAAAUCCUAAAAAGUAAAUUAUUUGUUCUCUAUGCUAAUGAUGGAUAUUGGUAGGCAGUAACUGGACAAUAAGAACUUGCGUUAGACUUUUGAGUGGAAAAAAAAGGCUUUUUUCAAUUUAAAAAAAAAAAAAGAGAAAAAAAAAGAAAAAAAAAAAAGGUUUUUUUCUAUUCCCUUUCCCCCCACUGCAUCUGUUGAUUACCUGGUGUGUCUGAUACACACAUGCCUGUUUUCAGAUGCUCUCUUUCUGUUGUUUUCUGUUAGCAUCAUGGCAUGAUAUUAAUAGCACUUAGCACUUUUACUUAUAGAGGCUUAUGCCAGUUCUCCUCCCUUUUUUAUGCAGAGUCCCGGUUUUAGAGAUGGAGAAAUUAAAACAGUUUUUAGGUAAAUGCUUCUGCUACCAUAUAAAUGGGGCAGCCACGUGGGUUUUGUUACCAUUAACAAACAGCUAAACAAUACAAGUAAAAGAUGUUAAAUGUUUGCUUCCUAUUUUCUGCAGUAGAAAGCAGCUGACUUUGCCAGCUCACCGCAAGCCUGCUGUAAGUAUGCUUUGCAAUACAGUAUUCUCUCAGAAUGAUAAUUUAGAAUUUGUAUGCAAAUGCUAUAUAAAUAGAUAUGUUGAACAUUAUUAGCAAUCUUAAAAUUCUAUAAGCACAUUUUUAACAUCUAUGUUAAGAAAAUUUUUUGGAAAUCUGUAUACAUAUAUAUAUAUAUAUAUAUAUGAUUUGAUCCAGAACACAGAUGUAAAGGAACAUCUGAAGCAGGAUUAGAGGCCAGAAAUUAAUAAUUUAUUCCUCUAUUUUAUAAAUUAUAACUUUUGAAAAAUAAUUUUUAAAAGCUCUUCACAAACUAGAAAGUAAAAGAAAGAGAAAUGUAAUGUUACACACUUAAGAUUCCAUCUAGCUGCCCUGAGUCUGAGAUGGUGAAAUAGCCAUUUUGAUUUUACAUCACCAAAGAAUCUGCUCUAGUAUAUUUUCAUCCUCCUAAGCACUUUUCCCAAAUAUUUCUGAGCUGUGAGUCAUAUAAGACUAAUAGUUGCAUUUUAAAAAUGACUUACAAUUUUGUCACCAAAGUGGUGCACUUCACAGCUCCACCAGACUGCAGCAUCAUAAAGCUAAUUUACAGUUUUUACAACACUGCUUUUGCAGUCUUACUAGUUUACAUUAAAAUCCUUUAAGCCACAAGGAAAGGAACCCUGCUCUGUAGAUUUAAAUUCAAACUUCAUUUACCACUGCAAGUCCCAUAAAACCAAGAUGUACUCCCACAAAAAUUUUAUUGGGCUUUUUGUAAUAGAUGAAAAGAUAUCAACACAAUUCUCUUAAAAUACAGGGAACUAUUUUUGUUAUUAUUUUUAUCUCUAGCAACAGCUGGUCUCCUCCUCCAUGGGCCUGUGCACAUCUUGCUUUCAGCAGGUUAAGGGAGAAGCUUAUUCAGCAUAAAUCACUAAAACAGGGAUCUUGUCAUAGGACUCCAUGGUAUUAACAUCAUAUUAAAAGGUCUAUUCUUUUUUUUUUUCCACUUGAGAGAUAGUGCUAUAUGAGAGUUUUAAAACAUUCAGCAACUGAUCAAUUCCAGAUAAUAUUUCCCACUACAAAGAAUAAAGCUUAUGUAUACAGUGCAGCUAAAACAAGUGAGGAACUGUUGUGGACUUCUGUUCAUGAUUUGAAUCCCCCCUCCCAGUCUAUUUCUGCCUAUGUAUAUUUAAGCAAAGGGCUGCAUUAUUUCUUGGAUGGUAGUUAACUGAGUAGAAAACAGGAAAUUAUUUCUAAGUAAGUCCUUAACAACUGUGAAUGAUCUGAAGAUUUGUCUUUCUAGUCUUUCUUUUACUAAUUUGAAUUAUACUUGGGAAGUUCUCCCACUUCUUACACAGCAGUAGAGAUGGUUAACAGUAUUCCCCGAGAACAUUUUUCAUGGUAAACCUGCUGAAGAAUGUUUUCUAUGGGUUGUUCAUUUGUGGUAUAUGCUUCAGUAAAACUACUCCCUUGAGACUAUUCCUGCUUCAGAAGAGGCUGGCGGGUUUUCCGCAGCAGCAUGUAAAAUGGCACAUAUAUCCUUUCUUGGAUAUAUAAUCAUUGUCUAAUUAAAACUGUCUAGUUAAAAUUACUUAAAGGAUUCCUGAGCAAGUACAGUAACUAAAAAUACUAGGUAUAUAACACACAAUACCUGUAGCAACAAAUAAAACUCAGUAUGCUGGCGAAAGAUCAGGAAUCAUUUUCUAGUAACGCACAGUCUAGCUCUUUUCUCUCAUUGCCAAUACUAGCAUAAGUGGUAGCAAAAAUCUCCUUUCCAACAUGGACAAAAAUAAAUAAAUCACUCUAAGAUUAAAGAAUGCUUAGAGAAUCAUUUGAUAGUAACAGCGUCUGCAAUGCAGAAAACAACUGAUGUUCUACUCAUUGCCGCAAUUAAAAGAAAAAUCUGUCAGUAUCCAUGUUCACUGUUCUGUCCAAAAAUAAAAUAAAUGUCUAGGAAUUUGCCACUAUAUUUUUUGUAUUAGAGGUGAAUAGUACAGAUUCUACUAGUGUUUCUUGUCUGGGGCUUGGGUGGGUAGGGGUAUAUUGUAAUUUUCAAGCUAUUGCAAAAGCUGCUUUUAAAUAAGCUGUUCAAUUGUAUUGAAUAACUGGUUUGUGCUUUACAAGGGAAUCCGGGUGAGCCAGGAUUCAAUGGGUAGCCUCCUUGCCUUGCUGUCACAGGGUAACUAGAGCUGAAGUCACUUGUGAAAAUUUAGCUAAGGGAUAGGGAGAUUAGAUGACCCAUCCCUGAUCUGUAAUGUGGUGUACUGUAAUCUAAUGAGAUUAGACACUCACCUACUGUAGAACCGUGGUUUUGUCAGCAGCUACUUAGUUUGUCUGCCCCGGUGUGAUAACCUUGGUUGAGAAUGUACUUCUGCAGAUUUAAGAAGAUGUCAAACCCCUGUGUUAUCUGGUCUCUGUAUAUAAAUCUUGUUGUCUAAUCCCAAAAGGAAAUGUGUAGCACAAAAUGAAGUUAAGGGUGUACUGCACCAAGCCUGGUUAAAGUUUUUUUCUGAUACAGAAGAAGGGGGGGAAGACAUGAAUCUAACAGCAAGUGUAUUUGCUACAGAGAACAAGAAUGUUUCCUAACAAAUCCUCACUUAGAACUGACUGAAGCUUUGUUUUUGCAGUUGAAAAAAAUGUAAGACCUGGUAUUUCCCAUACUGAAAUUUGGAAUAUUAACCUUAUGGUGGUGAUACCUUUUCAAGCAAUUCCUUCAGUUUUGCCCCAUUUGUGCACUGAAGUUGGAGGGGGAGGGAGGAAUAUUUUUAUAUGAAGCUGUAGACUUUUGCAUUCUUUCGACUUUCAAUCUAAAACCCAGAUAUCAUUAGUGAACCUCACAAAGUUCCCUGAUGCAUCAGUAAGCAGUACACACACACACACACGUAUAUAUAUGCCUCAUUGGGGAUGUGGCAUAUACAUACUUCUGGUAUAUAUGUGGGAACAGCAAACUGACAUCAUGUAAUUUGUGACUUGGGAGAUGUAGCUGCCUCCUCCCACCUCUUAAUCAAAUUCAUGCUCACUGUGACUCUGCUGAUCUCAAUUUAUACAUGGGUACAAAAACAUUAAGUGUAUACCUUUUGUUAAUUUGGAUCAAGUAAAAUGUGAUGCUGGUCAGUCUGGUGAGACUUAAAACGAUGUUAUGCAUGACUAGAGCUAACUGAAAGAUUUCCAUUGCAUUUUCAACUUUCAAAAGUUUUGACCAGCCUUUUGGUGAAAAGGGGAGGGGGAACUUCAACCUAAUCAAAUACAAAAUAAAUAAUAAUUUUUUAAAAAGAGAAAAAACCACAAGUAUUCCUCUAGAGAUACCUAUUUUCUCUUCUGCUCCUUUAUUUUCGCAAUGAAUAGGUUCUGAAAAUGUUGGUUCUUGCUCAUUUGACUGAGCAUUCUUCCCUCCCCCUGCUUCUCCCAACAGUUUCAGUGUGUUCUGAACUGAGAAAAGAGCAGAGAUUUGAAUGCUUUCUUUAGUAUGAAGCUGAAGGAGUAAGGAAGAGAGAGAAGAACAUUAAAUAAAAAGCAUGGCCUUGGCUUCAUACCACACUUUCUGUGCCUUGUUCUAUCAAUGUAAAUUCUGAAUGUUGUACAGUAAAAUACUUGGGAAAGACUCCUUGGAAAAGGCUGCACUGGCUUCUUUUUUCAGCACAUGUACAUAUAUAAAUAUAUAUACAUAUAUAUAUUUGGUAAUGCCAAACAGCUGUGUUAUAUUGUACUGAAAAAGUAAUAAUGGACAGUUUGGAUGUUUUAUGUAGGGUUUGCAAAAAUUGUAUGGCUAUAGCCUUUUGAAGAUAAAUGUACAGACGUAAAUUACUGCAUAUCAUUUAUGAAUAAAGAGUCUUUUACUGACA